CUGUAACUUCAUAUCUUUAACACGGCUUCUACAUGAAGUGGCUGGAGACGGAAAGUGCAUCGCAUAAGCUGAAGUUAUGAACACGUGCUGAUGUGGGGGUCAGUAAAUGGAAACCUGGCAACUCUGUUACACCAUUUGUGCAGUGUAAGCAUGUGCAAUGAAGAGGUUUAAUUCCACAGCAGGAUGAAGUUAAGAGUCUUCACGCUCUGUUGGAAUACAUAGAAGACUGGGGCAGAUUUCUCUGGGAUUAGAAAAGGUUUGACGGGAAGAUUCUACCUAGAUCAAGGAAUGCACUAGGAUCUCCAAACGUCCUUCCAUCGUUCUGUAAACCCAACUGGAAACCUCUCUCACCGGGAGCACCCGGUCUCAAUCUUGCAUUCUCUUCUGUACUAAUAAUGCCCCCUGCUGGAGCAAUGAUAAAUCCAGCCAUAAUCAAGCAUUACAAUUACACAGGAAAGCUGAAAAAUAGGAACAGCACCAGUGGGGUUGAUUUGGGUCCUGAGAAGGUGGUGUUUCUGGUUAUAAGCAGCUUCAUAGUCCUGGAAAAUUUGAUAGUUCUGAUAGCGAUAUGGAAAAACCACAGAUUCCACAACCGCAUGUACUUUUUCAUUGGGAAUCUUGCGCUGUGUGAUUUGCUUGCCGGUGUGACAUACACUGUGAAUCUGCUAUUGUCUGGAGAAAGAACUCUGCACCUUUCAACAGAAGAGUGGUUCAUCCGUGAGGGGAGUGUGUUCGUAGCGCUGGGAGCAUCCAUCUUCAGUCUGCUGGCUAUUGCCAUCGAAAGGCAUCUAACCAUGAUCAAAAUGAGGCCUUAUGACGCUACUAAGAAUUACAGAGUGUUUCUGCUCAUAGGAACAUGCUGGCUGAUUGCUGUGGCUCUCGGAGUGUUGCCCAUCCUGGGCUGGAACUGCCUGGAAAACCUUCCAGACUGCUCAGUCAUUUUACCACUCUACACAAAGAAGUACGUGGCAUUCUGCAUCAGCAUCUUCACGGCUUUGCUGCUUGCUAUUUGUGUACUGUACACUCGUAUUUACAUCCUGGUGAAGUCCAGCAGUCGCAAGGUGAUGAAGCACAGCAACUCCGAACACUCCAUGGCUCUACUACGGACGGUCAUCAUCGUUGUCGGGGUCUUCAUCGCAUGCUGGAUGCCCCUCUUUAUUCUCAUGCUCACUGAUGUGGCCUGCAAGCAAAGGCAGUGCCCUAUCCUGCUCAAAGAUAACUGGUUCAUAGCUUUGGCUGCGAUGAACUCGGCUAUGAACCCGGUGAUCUACACUCUGGCUAGCAGGGAGAUGCGCCGGGCAUUUUUAAGGCUGCUGUGCGGAUGUUUUAUUUCCCCAUGUACGGAUGGCGGCAAAGCGUAUGGAGAGGGCAGCAGGAGUAAGAGCUCUAGCCAGAAUCAGAAACCAGCUGAAGAUCAGGAGAAACAAGUGAAUGUAGUCACAAUAACUUAGCAUAGAAAGCCCAGGCUCCUGGAAUGAGACGUAAUACUCAAAGAUUUACCAUUUAAGUGUAAUAUAUAGCCAUGAAUGUUUAAUGCAUCAUCAAGAGAUCCAGAAGAAGAUUUCUGUUUUGUUUAUGAUUACAGUGUCAAUCAGGCAACUAAGGUCUGACAUUUGCUUGAUAUUUCAUUCCUGGCUGGUCCAAUUAUCAAUCUUAUUCUUCUGAAUACCAUACAAACACCAGUAUUCCUAAAGCCCACCAAUCUACCAGUGUUGAACCCUUUUGGGUUUUUUUUCGAUCGAUCUAACAAUUAAAUUCUCGAAAGGACGACCGUUCCGAACUUACACACCAGCCCAGAGAUCUUUCCUGCCAAGGAUGAGGAAACAUUCUGAGCAAGACAGAAUGACAUUUUAAACUGGAAUAAAAAUUUUAACCAAGUCUUUCAACCAUAUUUUUUUUGUUAUAAAUGUGGCUCUUGUAUGUUGGAAUUUCUUUGCCGUCGAAUGUUUUUUUUUUUCAGUGUAAUUGCGCCGAUAGAAGAGAAUUCCAGAGGACACGUUUACAGUAACAGGCUGUUUUCUAAGGAGUCUCCAGUAUCAGUGUUUUAUACUGUAACAGUCAAAGGUAAAACCAUUACUUCGAGUUUUCAGACACUUUCAGAAGCACCCGUAAGGAGGUGAUGAUGGUAAAUCCACAUCCAACACUGAUUACUUUCCUAUAACAGCAUGGCCUAAGGGUUGUAUUCUUAUAUAAAAAAAAAAAAGCCCAGUUGCCUGUGUGAUGUUCUGCUUGUGGUUUCCG